CUAGUGGCUAAACGCAUCGCCGUCCAAAUCCCGCUCUGGGAUCGCCCCAUACGCAACCCGUGAAAGUUUGUGGAUACCAGUUUCCCCUUGGCUUUGUGUACAAUCUAUAUAUGUGAAUUUCAGCACAAAAUCCCACCCUGAAAUAAAACCCCUGGACAUCUGGCAGGCUGCCGUUUAGGCGGUUGAUUGCGCAAUGGUUUAUCACCAUCACAACCACGAAAGUCGGAUAAUACACUGCGGAAAACAAUUAAUUAACUGGCGAAGGAGGAGCCUGCUGUUAACCAUUUUUGUGGUAGCAGCCACUGUGGUUUCACUGUUAUCAGAAGGAGUGACUGCCCACGAUCAAAAUGCACCUCCGAUUCUAUAUGUUCGCGAGCGCAAUUGGCGCAUUUCGGAGACUGAGAAAGUUGGCCAGAUAAUAGAUCGAGUGCGGGCGGAGGAUCCGGAUGGUGAUGAUCUGAUAUUUGGAAUAGAACCACGAUUUAGUCUGCCACCUGGAGGUGGAAAUGGACCUAGUCCGCCGGAUAAGAUUCCCUUUAUAAUUGAUCGGGAAACGGGAGUAGUCACGCUCAACGAAAGUUUGGCAGGAAGGGCUGGGCAGAACUUUCUCAUCUAUAUAACUGUCACGGAUGGAGUCUAUACAGCGAAAAAUGAGGUUUUCAUCAAUAUCUUGGGCGAGCGGGAGAAUAGCUCCGGCUACCGACCGCAGACAUCAAUUUCGAACGUGGUGCACAACAUGUCGCAGUUUUUUCCGCGCUUCGACCAGCUGCCCGGUGUUCAGUCCAUCCGGAAUGGACUGCCAAAUAGUCGGCCAGGCGGUGGAUAUCCACCGGUGCCCCAGAACAAUAUAUUUGGACCACCGCCAUUCGGUAACUUUUAUCCACCGCCACCGCCAAACAUUCCUGGACAUCGAAGAGAUGAGGAAAGUGCCGAGGUGCCGGAAGAGGAUGAGGUGACACCCACCGCAACACCCGUCAAAACCAGCUCCAGCACGCCGAAGAGUCGCACCAAGUUGACGCCGAUAACUGCCAAUAAUUCGACGAGGGUCGAACAAAAUCCCACGGAUACAACGACACCGAGUGGAAGCCAUAAUGAAACCAGCAGCCCCAUCACCGUUUUCUCCCUGAAAUCCGGCACAAUACCAAUUGUGGUCACCGUUGGUGGAUUUUUCGCGGCCAUUGCCGUACUUCUGGCGUACUUGUGCCGCCGACGGCUUUGUGCCAUCAGCAGGACCCUCAAGAAGUCCAAGGAGAAGGAAGAGCUGGCCAAGAAGUCCAAUCAGAGCCAGCUGAGCAGCACGCUGACCGAUGACAGCCGCAACUCGAUGGUCAUGCAGCAGUGGCAAGGGCCCUCGGCAUUCGCCAAUCGCUAUGUACCCUGGGAGCGGGAUCAGCAGCUUGGCAUUGCAACUUCCCAGCUAUCAACAGGUGUCACGAAUGGCGGUGAGUCCACCGCCGGAGUGCCCAGUCCCGGGACAGGUGAGCCGGGUUCCAACUUGGGCCCUGGCUGCGUGGCAGGUGGAUCAGGAAGUUCCGGUCCAACGGAAAAUGGUUUUGCCGGCGAGGCCAACUGCGACCGCUGGGAAUUCCCCAGAUACCGAUUGAAGUUCUUCAAUAUUUUGGGCGAAGGAGCCUUCGGACAAGUCUGGCGCUGUGAGGCCACCAACAUAAAUGGCAACGAAGGCAUCACAACAGUGGCUGUGAAGACCCUAAAGGAAAGCGCCACGGAAGUGGAUCGAAAGGACUUGUUAUCCGAAUUGGAGGUAAUGAAAUCUCUGGAACCUCAUAUAAAUGUUGUUCAUCUGUUGGGCUGCUGCACUGAUAAAGAUCCCACAUUUGUUAUUCUGGAGUAUGUAAAUCGAGGAAAGUUGCAAACUUACUUACGCAGCUCACGCGCCGAAAGGCACUAUGGAAAUACUCACGGAAAAUCAAAUAUCCUGACUUCCUGCGACUUAACAUCUUUCAUGUACCAAGUAGCUAAGGGAAUGGAGUAUCUGACAUCUCGUGGGAUUAUUCAUAGAGACUUGGCUGCUCGAAAUAUUCUUAUUACCGAUGAUCACACCUGCAAAGUGGCAGACUUUGGAUUUGCAAGAGAUGUAAUUACCUCAAAGAUUUAUGAGAGGAAAAGCGAGGGAAAACUGCCAAUAAGAUGGAUGGCUACCGAGUCACUUUACGACAAUAUAUUCUCCGUAAAAUCAGACAUCUGGAGUUUUGGUAUAUUGAUGUGGGAAAUCGUGACUCUAGGAUCGACGCCAUACCCCGGCAUAUCAGCAGCUGAUGUUAUGCGGAAGGUAAGGGAUGGCUAUCGUUUGGAGAAACCAGAGCACUGCCGUCGGGAGCUGUACAAUAUAAUGUACUAUUGCUGGUCCCACGAUCCCCAGGAGCGUCCUCUCUUUGCUGAAAUAAUCCAAAUGCUAGACAAGCUGCUGCACACGGAAAUGGAUUAUAUUGAGUUGGAACGUUUUCCCGAUCACAACUAUUAUAAUAUCGUUAGUCUUAGUGGUGAAAAAUUGUAGGACUGCCCUUAAUGCACUGAACCUGAACCCCAAGAGCUUUAUUACCUCCAAAAGACUUUGGGAUAUUUUCCCUUUCAGUCUUGGCUCAGUAAGAGAAGAUUCUUACUCGAAUUUGAAAAGGUUUAUACUGCCAUUACGAAUCGCACUCUUAGAAAGUGUAGAACAAACUGUAUCUGCCUGGAUAUCAGAUAAGUCUAAAUACCAAAUUGUUUGGCAUUAUCUUCGAUCAUCAGACGAGGUAUAAACUGAACAUAUACUCCGGUUUCCCGAAAGUGGAAAUAUUCAAAGGCAAUUGAAAUUCCUCUUAAGUUGUAAGAUAUUUGUUUGCUUUCACGUUUUAUUUAUUUGAUUUGUAUUAUGUAUUUGUAUAAAUUAUCAA